AUGCCCAAGGGAAGAGACGCUCUUUUGGGGGAUAUCAGGAAGGGUGCUCGUUUGAAGAAAGCAACUACUGUGGAUAAGUCGGGGCCGGCCCUAGGAGGACCUGGAGGACCUGCUCCGUCAGGAGCAGGUUCGACUGGUCCUCCUUCGUCUGCUCCUUCUGUUCCUUCGUCUUCUCCAGCUCCAGGAGGCCCUGGCGGUCCUCCUGGGCCUCCUGGCUUAGGCGACUUGUUCGCUGGAGGAAUGCCCAAACUCAAAUCAACCAAAGAUAACAGAUCUGGAAUGGUCCCGCUGGGAGCUCCACAAGUCCCCACUCCACCCGUUCCAGGCCUGACUCCACCUGUUCCAGGCCUGACUCCACCAAAGAUGCCUCUGUCUAGACCUUCUAAGGCGCCCUCUGGGCCUCCACUGGGUCCUCCACCGCUUCCAGGGUCGGCGCCGCCGCCUCCAGGCGACAAUUCGCUAAAAGUGCCGAAAGUUCCACCUUCCAGACCAAGGAAACUGGGCCAUUUGAAAACAAGCUCGGUUAGUUCAGUCAGUUCCAUGGAACUGGCCAGUCUGGCAUCAAAACCUCCCCUGGGGCCUCCCCUGGGGCCUCCGCCCCCUCCCGUUCCGCUGUCGCCAGUGCCGCCACCGCCAUCGUCCAUGCCUCCAGCUCCUCCUCCAUUGCCGACCUCGGCUCCUCCUCCACCGGCUCCUCCUCCACCAGGACCUCCACCUUCGGCUCCACUGGCGCCUUCUACGUCUUCUACACCGCCAGCACCGCCAAUGGCAGGGGGGCUUCCGUUUUUGAACGAAAUCAACGCCAAACGUGAUGAAAAACAUGUGGUGGAUAAGUCUGGGGCUCCUUCAGCUCCCCUGGCUCCAUCUUCAAGACCAAAGCCUUCCCAGGCUUCCCAGCCCUCCAAGGCACCGCCUGUGCCUUCAAUGGCGCCUCCAGUACCUUCUGCUCCAACUCCUCCAGUUCCAUCUGCUCCAACACCGCCAGCACCAGCUCCUCCAUCUUCACAUCCUCCAAAACCACCUUCGUCAGGCCCUCCAAAACCUCCCACGUCGCUGGCGCCUCCACCACCUCCUCCGCCUCCAGCACUGUCAAUUCCACCACCUCCUCCACCUUCUGGAGCUCCUCCUUCGUUGAAAGCAGACAAAAAGAGCACUUCUUCUGCUCCUAAGGCUCCUCCUAUGCCUGGAGGACUGCUUCCGUUCUUGGACCAGAUCAAUGCAAAGAGAAACGAGUCUGCUGUUGUGGACGGAACGUCUAAUUACUCUACGUAUACGCUGGAGACGCUGACGGCUCUGGGAACGCCUCUGGCGACGCCAAAACCACCUUCUGGCGCUCCUCCAGUGCCUUCCGCCUCGAGUAUUCCAAAACCACCAACUCAGGCUCCAAAACCACCGUCGGCAGCUCCAGAACCUCCAUCUUCUGGCGCUCCAACACCGCCAGGGUUGCCUUUCUUGGACCAGAUCAACGCCAGGAACAAAGCUGCUCAACCACCGAAGUCGCCUGCUCCUUCUGAGGCUCCACCUAUUCCUCAAUCGCUGGCCCCUUCAGUUCCUUCGGUUCCCUCGGCUCCACCUCCAGUUCCAACGUCUGCUCCUCCUCCAAAGGCUCCUCUGCCUCCUCUGGCGCCUCCACCACUGCUGAUUCCUCCUCCCCACAAGCACACAAUGGAGCAGCAGCAGUCGUCUGGACAGAAUCUUAGAAAAAUCUCCGCUCUGGAUUACACCAUCAACACUCACCAGAGAAACGGUGCAGAUGGAGGAGGCCAGAAAACGGUUAUAGAAGAUACGAGGUUUAAGUUUAUCAACAGCGACGCCUUGCCAAACCCACGCCGGUUUGAAAGCAAAGAAAAGCUUUAUCCUAGUGGCCGAGGCUCGUCGGUGCCGCUUGAUUUACUGUUGUAUUAA